AUGGACAUAUCGCAAGAGGCUCAGCCAUGCAGAUCUUUUGCAGAGUGCAUGUCGGCCUUUGAGGAUUUGGAACAAAAGACGGAGAGAAUUUUCACUAUCGAGCUCAGCGGCCUGGAAAGUCUACUCAACACAAUACGUGCCACACUCGAUGAGGCAGCGACAAAGAAAGCGGCUGUCUGGCUCCAGCAAUGGACCCACAUAUGUACUAGCCCAUCAUACUUCGAGCAAAACGUUGAAGGCAAUGAAUCCUUGUCUCAAGCGGAAGCACAUCUCUUACCAGACGACCUGCCUCCGUGUACAUGCCAUCACGCGUCGGACCUGAUAAUUGAUGAUCUGCAAGACAGAAUCGCAGAUCAGCUGCUGUCUAUGAUGGAAGCAUUUUGGAAGAACAGGCCAUCCGACAUCGAAGAGUUGAAACUGGUGAGGGAGAAGCUGGACCAAGAGAUAAUUUGUUUCAACAAACUAAGUGCAAAUCAUGCAAAGAUUUCACGCGCGCUUGAAGACGCGGAGCGAAGAGCAGAAGAUCUAGAGAUUAGAUUAGCAGCUUUCGAGAGGGACGCCACGGACAAAGAGAGACUUGUGAGCGACAGGUACCGCGAGCUUGAGAGAAGCUACUACAACAAGGUCCAGAAAUUGGUUGAAAGCCGGGUGCGCGAUGAGAGAGCCAGGCUUGUUGAUCGGCUUGAGGAUCUGGAAGCGAAAGCCUUGCGCUAUGCUAAACUUCUCGACGAAAACGAGCUAUUGAAGGCCAAGAUCUUACAGGGGGAUCGAGAACAGGUACUGCUCAAGCGAGUGAAGCUGGAAAUGGAAAAGAAGUAUCAGGACCGGGAUGAGGAGGCUAAGGCUUUCAAAGAAGGUUACGAUCAAAUCAGCAACGACAUCCAAAUGCUCCAAAUCGAGAGGGCGGUACUCCAGGCGGACUACGAUACACUAAAAAAAAGAACAAGAAGGAUGGUCUAA